GCAUCGUCAUAAUGUUCAGCUUAUUCAAAACUAAAUUAACUACGACUACUACAUCGACUCCCGAAAAUAAUGUGGUCAUCCAGCAGCAGCAAAACUGCAUCCCUCAAAAACAGCGACAAAGUAUAACAUCGAAAGUGCUGACCACCAAGCCGCCGCAAGUUGACGUACCCGUUGAUCGAGAAAUCAAUCCCAAACUCUCUCUGAUUGCGAUGGUCAUAGACCGAUCCGGCAGUAUGUCAAGUAUGGGAUGUGAGGUAGAAGGUGGAUGCAACGCUUACCUGACCGAACAACGAGCGACAGACAAAGCUGAUGGGAUCGAAACAUCAGUUAUCUUCACCACGUUUGAUAGCGCGAUCGAGGUGAUUCACGACGGGGUCAGCCUUCCGUGCGUACCCAAGGUCACUCGCGAGCAAGUGGAGCCACGAGGUUGCACGGCCUUGUAUGAUGGUAUUGGUGACACACUUCUGAGCACGGCAGAACACUUGCGCAAUCAGAAAACGAUGCCUGGGAAAGUGGUAAUUUUCAUUCUCACCGACGGGCACGAGAAUUCAUCGCGCACAUGGGACGCCGAUAGCAUCACAGCUGAGAUCAAGCGGUUGUCCGUGGCUCCUUUCAACUUUGAUUUCUACUUCGCAGCUGCCAACCAGGACGCGCUGGACAAAGGUGCGAGCAUGGGUAUACCAACUGCACAAUGUCUGGACUAUGACGCCACACCAAAUGGCAUGAAGCAGGCCAUGGCCACUGCUUCCGCUGCUUAUACGCGAGGCAAACGAGGACAAAGUAAGGGCUUCAGCAGUCAGGAACGAACUCAGGCGAGCUCCAAGUUCUCACAUUAACGAGCAUGUAUAAGAAAAAAG